AUGUUGUUUUAUAGCGAAUUCCAACUCUUGCAGGGAGGUUUUCUUGAGUUUAAUGGCGAUCAUGAACAUCUUCAUCAGCACCACCAGCACCAGCAACAGUUCAUGGUGAAAAACACAUACGAGAAUAAUGGGAAUCAAAUGGUGGAUUACUUGAUUAACAAUCCAAUUCAACAUCUACCUUCUGGUGCUGGUUUUUCUAGCCCCAACUCGUUCGACAAGUUGAGCUUUGCAGAUGUGAUGCAGUUUGCAGAUCAUGGACCCAAGUUGGCUUUGAAUCAAAACAAAACAUCAUGCCAUGAUCAUCACGAUCAGGAAGAUCAAGAAACUGGGAUCGAUCCGAUUUAUUUCUUGAAGUUUCCAGUUCUAAAUGAGAGGCUUCAAGAAGAUCAUCAUCAUCAUCAUCAGUCUUUAUUGCCACCUCUUGGAGACGAUGAACAUGUAGUGACUGAAGGAGGAGAAAGAUCUAGAGAAGAAGAAGCUAGGGUUUCUGAAGGUAAUAAUAUGUCUGUUCGUCUCCAAUUCAUCGGUGAUCAAGACGUUCAUAAAACCCUAGUUUCAGAAGGGAAGAACAAGAGAAAAAGACCAAGAACUAUAAAGACAAGUGAGGAAGUUGAGAGCCAAAGGAUGACUCAUAUCGCAGUCGAAAGAAACCGAAGAAAGCAAAUGAACGAACAUUUACGCGUUCUAAGGUCUCUCAUGCCGGGUUCUUAUGUUCAAAGGGGUGAUCAAGCUUCAAUUAUUGGUGGAGCCAUUGAGUUUGUGAGGGAGCUAGAGCAACUCCUGCAAUGUCUUGAGUCACAAAAACGUCGAAAACUCUACGGCGAUAAUACCCCGAGGGUCAUCGGAGAUUCAUCAUCUCUUCCGAUUCUGCAACAAGGGCCGGCGGCGGCAGUGUUUUACCCUCCUCCUCCCGAUGAUGAGAUAAAGUUAGUUGAAUAUGACGGUGGUCUGAAGGAGGAGACGGCGGAGAGCAAGUCGUGUUUGGCUGACGUGGAAGUGAGACUUUUAGGGUUUGAUGCCAUGAUCAAGAUUUUAUGUAGGAGAAGGCCUGGUCAGCUUAUUAAAACCAUUGCUGCACUUGAAGAUUUGCAGCUUAAUAUCCUUCAUACAAACAUCACCACCAUUGAACAAACUGUGCUCUAUUCUUUCAAUGUCAAGGUUACUAGUGAAGUAAGGUUUUCGGCUGAAGAUAUAGCGAAUUCGGUACAACAAAUCAUUAGUUUUGUUCACGAAAAUACAGGUACUUGAUUGAUGAUGAAAUCUUCGGCUGAAAAUACCCCGAUCGAUCUACCAUCAAACA